AUGUCUUACUACCCGAAAGGUCACCACUACGAAUCCGGCGACGAUGUCGAUGACUUUGAUGACUACGAUUCAACUCCGUACGGAGGAGGCUACGACAUCCACCUCACCUAUGGCCGUCCUGUCCCUCCAUCUGAGGAAACUUGCUACGCUCCCACCUCAACUUCCUCCGGCGGCUUCGACUAUGAAAGAUCCAACUAUUCAUCCUACGCCGAGCCAAGUGCCUACGGCGAAGAAGCCCUUGACAAUGAAUACAAGAACUAUGCUCGUCGCAAGCCCCGCCCUGGCCAUACCCCUGCUGCUGUGACCCCUCAAUACGGUGGUGAAUCUGGUUAUGGUAGGCCUGAGGAGCCUACUUCCGAGUAUGGAUCUGGCUAUGGACGGAAACCUGAAGAGCCUUCUUCUGAAUACGGAUCUGGGUAUGGCCGGCGUCCCGAAGAGCCCUCUGAGUACGGAUCUGGUUAUGGGCGGAGGCAGGAGGAGCCUACUUCUGAAUACGGAUCUGGUUAUGGUCGGAGGCAAGAGGAACCUACUUCUGAAUAUGAAUCUGGUUACGGUCGGAGACAGGAGGAACCUACUCCAGAAUAUGGAUCUGGUUAUGGUCGGAGACAAGAGGAACCUACUCCUGAAUAUGAAUCUGGUUACGGUCGUAGACAGGAGGAACCUACUCCAGAAUAUGGAUCUGGUUAUGGUCGGAGACAAGAGGAACCUACUUCUGAAUAUGGAUCUGGUUAUGGUCGGAGGCAGGAGGAGCCCUCAUCUGAGUACGGAUCUGGUUAUGGCCGGAAGCAGGAGGAGCCGACUUCUGAGUACGGAUCUGGGUAUGGACGGAGGCAGGAGGAGCCAACUUCGGAGUACGGAUCUGGGUAUGGCCGGAGGCAGGAGGAGCCAACUCCGGAGUAUGAAUCUGGAUAUGGGCGUAGGCAGGAGGAGCCUGUUUCUGAGUAUGGAUCCGGGUAUGGCAGGAACACUGAGGAAGAAUACCCUAAACCUAGUUAUGGUCGGAGAAGCGAUGAUGAAGAUGAUGAUGAGGAGAAGAAGUAUAGGCACCACCGCAAGCAUUAUGAAGAUUGA